AUGCGAGCAGUACCAUCGGCAGCACGAGUCAACCGGGUGGGCGUACAGCAGCUCAGCGAAAACAUAUACAGCCAGAUUUUCCCCAACGGAAGCAAGCCGCCACCUCGAGAGCUCGUCGAGCUUGCGAGGGAACAUCUGCGACGCCACGACCUCCUAGACAAGAACACCGACCAGACAGAACCCAUCGGCUUCAAGGUCCCCGGCCUGCAGGCUCCCGACACACAGACUUUGGACGAGCACUUCUACAGACUUGGCGUGGAUGCUGCUGAGCCUUUUCUGGAGCAUGCGAAACAGUUCGCAAGAGCAGUCCUGCCGCGGACGCCAAACAAAUGGGUACAUCAGAGCGGCUGGACCAAAUACCGCUAUCCCGAGGGUGGCAAUGGGCCUGCUGAGCCAGAGAAGGUGGACAUGCCAGACGAAAAGAUGCUCUCAUUUGACGUCGAAGUCAUGUGGAAGGAAAGCCCCUUUGCCGUCAUGGCCUGCGCCGCGAGCCCGACAGCAUGGUACGUCUGGCUAUCUCCUUGGCUCCUGGGCGAGACGACGAAUCAAAAACAAUUGGUCCCUCUCGGCGACCCUUCCAAGGAGCGCAUCGUCGUAGGACACAAUAUCGGAUACGAUAGGGCCAGAAUAUUGGAGGAGUAUGACCUCAAGCAGACGAGGAACUGCUUCCUGGAUACCAUGUCGCUGCAUGUAGCGGUCAAUGGCAUGUGCUCCCAACAACGGCCGACCUGGCUAAAACACAAGAAGAGCCGGGAGUUGCGCGAGAAGAUUCAGCGAGAGACGGACAAUCUUGAGCUGGCCACUUUGUUGAGCAACAAAUCGCUAUCAAACGAUGAAGAGGAGCUAUGGGUUGGCAAGAGUUCUAUCAACUCGUUGCGGGAUGUAGCCAAGUUUCACCUCAACCUAUCGAUGGACAAGGCCGUCCGGGAUGAUUUCGGGGAGCUGAACCGGGAGGAGAUCGUGGCCAAGCUUGAUGAUCUCCUCAACUACUGUGCCGCCGAUGUGGUGGUCACCCACCGGGUCUAUUCAAUCGUCUUUCCCAACUUUCUGAAGACGUGUCCGCAUCCCGUCAGCUUUGCGGCUCUGCGGCACAUGUCCUCAGUCAUCUUGCCAGUGAACGAGUCCUGGGACGCCUAUAUCAACAACGCUGAAGAGACAUACCAAAGUCUGUCCGUCGCUGUUCAAGAACGCCUCAUCUCGUUGACGGAAAAGGCUCUGGAGAUCAAGGAUGAUCCUGAGAAGUGGGGCAAUGACCCGUGGUUGAAGCAGCUCGACUGGUCCGGACAAGAGAGGAAGAUGACGAAAGGGAAAAAGAAUGAGCCUCCGCGGGAAGUGAAGAACCAGAAAAUGCCCGGCAAGCCAAAGUGGUAUAAGGAUCUAUUCCCAAAAAAGGACUCUCCCAUCAACAUCUCUAUCAGGACGAGGAUAGCACCUCUGAUGUUGAGGCUCUCUUGGGAGGGUUAUCCGUUGUACUGGUCCGACAAGCACGGUUGGACAUUCCGGGUCCCCCUGGCGGAAAAAGCCAAAUAUACCGAGAAGGCCAUGAAAGCGUGUGAUAUGAAGGAGGAGACGGUCACUUUGCUUCGUGACGACACGGAGGGCGUCUACUUCAAGGUCCCUCACAAAGACGGGCCCACCGCACGUUGCGCCAAUCCCAUGGCGAAAAGUUAUCUGGCCUACUUUGAGAAGGGUAUACUGUCGUCGGAGUACCCUUACGCAAAGGAAGCCCUGGAGAUGAACGCUUCUUGUUCAUAUUGGAUCAGUGCCCGCGAGAGAAUCAGGUCGCAGCUGGUGGUGUACGAGAAGGACCUACCGCACAACAACAACAACAACAACAACAACAAGUCAGAGAGCAAACCAACAAACCAAGGCUUCAUCCUGCCUCAGGUCAUCCCGAUGGGCACCAUUACGAGGAGAGCUGUCGAAAACACGUGGUUGACGGCGAGCAAUGCAAAAAAGUCACGCGUUGGCUCUGAAUUGAAGGCGAUGGUCAAGGCGCCUCCAGGGUACAGCUUCGUCGGCGCCGACGUCGACUCAGAAGAGCUCUGGAUCGCCAGUGUCCUCGGAGAUGCGAUCUUUAAGAUCCACGGCGGCAAUGCCAUAGGCUUCAUGACGUUAGAGGGCACCAAGGCGGCGGGUACUGACCUUCAUUCUCGCACGGCGUCCAUUCUGGGCAUCACAAGAGGCGACGCCAAGGUAUUCAACUACGGCCGGAUAUACGGUGCUGGACUGCGAUUUGCCGCACAGCUACUGCGGCAAUUCAACCCCACGCUAUCCGACCGCGAGACGUUGAACACCGCCACGAAGCUGUACACUGCCACCAAGGGCAUGCAGUCAGAGCGCAAGCUUCUCUAUAAGCGGAAGUUCUGGCGAGGCGGCACAGAGUCUUUUGUCUUCAACAAACUCGAAGAGUUUGCCGAGCAAGAACGACCGCGCACGCCUGUCCUAGGCGCCGGGAUCACAGAAGCUCUGAUGAGCCGCUAUGUCAGCAAGGGCGGUUUCCUCACGAGCCGCAUCAACUGGGCGAUCCAGAGCUCAGGUGUCGACUACCUCCACCUUCUCAUUGUUGCCAUGGACUAUCUCACGCGCCGCUUCAACAUCGAUGCCCGGCUGGCCAUCACUGUGCACGAUGAGAUUCGUUACCUCGUCAAAGACCACGACAAAUACCGCGCCGCCAUGGCCUUACAAGUGGCCAACCUAUGGACGCGGUGCAUGUUUGCGCAACAGGUUGGCAUCAACGACCUUCCACAAGCAUGUGCCUUCUUCAGCGCGGUGGAUAUUGAUCACGUACUGCGUAAAGAGGUCGACCUCGACUGUGUUACUCCAUCGCACAAGACACCGAUCCCACCCGGCGAGUCGAUCGACAUCCAACAGCUCCUGCAAAAAGGUGACGAGGCUCGUCUCGACGAGUCCAUCAUCCCUGAGCGGCACGAACCAAAACUCGACCAGAUCGCCUAUACGCCCCGGACGCCUGUGAUGGAGGACCUCAUCCAGCAGGACGCCUCGACAGCGGAUCCCGCCUUCAUUCGCGCACAGAUCUGCUCCGAGAUGCAGGAGCUGAAUAAGAUCUGUACGGAGAAGCGUAAGGAGAUGGCCGCGCUCGCUCCCACCAAGCCGAGUAUCAGCAAGGCCAAGAAGUCCGUGCUGCCGUACUACUCACAUCCUGAGCUCAUGCCCAUGGAGGAACCGGUGAUCGUGUCCGAGGCAAGUAAUGUGCUCAAGAGGCGGGACAUUGCCCGCGGGACGCACUAA